AUGAUUCUUCUUACUGUGCUUUUCCUCUGCAUCUUUUCCACAUACUCUGCCUCUGUUAAAGGGCACACUACAGGACCAAGAAUAAAUAAUGACAAGCUAUACAAAUUCACCUAUUCAACAGAAGUGCUUAUCGAUAGGGUUAAAGGAUUACCAGAGGAUAGCGCGGGCUACCGGAUUUCAUCCGGUGUGGAUGUCAACCUAGUAUGGAGAAACCCCAACAAUGAUGAUGACCAGUUGAUCAAAAUUAUGAUAAAAGAUGUUAAGAUUGAAAAUGUGAAUGAACGUCCAGCAGCAAAAAACAUCUUUAAAGGGAAACACUCAGAAAAUAUAAUUGGAAAAGAAUAUCUGUCAGCUUUACAAAGGCCUGUAGUUCUCCAAUGGACCCGUGGAAAGGUUAAAAACUUCUACUCCUACAAAAAUGAACCUGCAGUUAUUCAAAAUCUCAAGAGAGGUCUGGCUAGUCUAUUUCAGAUACAGCUGCACUCUGGUGCUGCCAGGGAGGUGGAUGUCUCUGGGAAAUGCAAUGUUACUUACCAUGCUCGAGAAAGUCAAGUGACUAAAAUUAAAGCCCUGGGCACCUGUGAAAUCAAAAAGACAGGAUUUACUAGCCAUAAUGAGCUUUUAGAUGUCAGUACAAAAGUCACAUCUGCUACAAUUUAUGUCCUAGAAGACAGCUUUAUUAAAUCCGUGAGAGCAGAAGAGAAUCAUGUUUUAUCUUUGAAUUUCCGGCAAACAACAAAUGCCAAAAUAGUUUCCAAGCAGAAACUGGAACUGAAGUCCAUGGAAGCUGGCCCUAGAGUGAUUGCUGGGAAGCAGGUUGCCAGCGUUAUCAAUACUUUGGACUCUAAUUAUAUAGCAGUUCCACUAGUGGCAGAGCCAGUGAAGACUGAAUGCAAAAACUGUCCCUCAAUUUCUGAGCACUGGCAGGCUAUCAGGAAACAACUGGAACCUGAAAACCUUUCCAAAGCUGAAGCAACAAGAAGUUUUUUGUCCUUCAUUCAGAACCUCAGGGAAGCUACGAAAGAGGAGAUACUUCAAAUUCUUAGAAGUGAAAGAAAUGAAGUACUUCCUCAGCUGGUGGAUGCUGUAACCUCUGCUCAGACCCCAGCCUCACUGGAGGCCAUGCUGGAGUUCCUGGACUUUAAGAAUGGAAGCAGCUCUGUCCUGCAGGAGCGGUUCCUAUAUGCCUGUGGAUUUGCUUCCCACCCCAAUGAGUUGCUACUGAAAUCUUUAAUUAACAGACUCCAGGGCCAGAUUGGAAAUAGUGAAAUCAGAGAAACUGUUACCAUCAUCGUUGGUGCACUCGUCAAAAAGCUGUGUGACAAGGGAGGCUGCAAGCUGCCAGCUGUUGUGCGAGCUAAGAAGCUGAUCCUAGGAGGAUUAGACAGGGCGAAGAAAGAGGAUGAUGUGAAGAUGUACCUGCUGGCAAUGAAGAACGCUCUUCUGCCUGAAGCAAUUCCGCUGCUACUAAAAUACGCUGAAGCAGGAGAAGGGCCCAUCAGUAAUCUUGCUGCCACAGCUCUGCAGAGAUAUGGCAUCUCUUUCAUCACCAGUGAGGUGAAGGAAACCAUGAACCGGAUUUAUCACCAGAAUCAUAAAAUUUAUGAAAAGACCCUCAGAACCACUGCAGCUGCCAUCAUCUUCAGCAAUAACCCAUCCUACAUGGAAGUGAAAAACCUCUUGCUUUCUAUUGGAGAACUGCCAUUGGAAAUGAACAAGUACAUGCUCUCAUUAGUCCAAGAUAUACUUCAUUUUGAAAUGCCUGCAAGCAAAAUGAUUCGUAAAGUUCUGAAGGACAUGGUUGUGCAUAAUUAUGAUCGCUUCUCCAAGACUGGGUCGUCUUCUGCCUAUUCUGGCUACGUGACACGUGGUCCUGAUGCAUCAUCCACAUACAGCCUUGACAUCCUCUACUCAGGCUCUGGGAUUUUAAGAAGUAGUAACAUGAACAUCCUUCUUUUCAAUAAAAAUGCUCGACUUCAUGCCAGCCAGGUUGUGAUUGAAGCUCAAGGCCUAGAAUCCAUAAUAGCUGCAUCUGCUGAUGAAGGCGAGGAAAACCUGGAGUCCUUUGCUGGCAUGUCAGCAGUCUUGUUGGAUGUUCAGCUCAGGCCCGUUACCUUUUUCCAGGGGUACGGAGAUUUAAUGUCUAAAAUGUUCUCGGCAACUGGAGACCCUAUGAAUGUGGUGAAAGGACUUAUCCUUCUGACAGAUUACUCACAGGUCAUUCAGUUACAGUCUGGGCUGAAGGCCAGUACAGAGUUCCAGGGUGGUCUGGCCAUUGACAUUUCAGGUGGAAUGGAGUUCAGUCUUUGGUACAGAGAAUCCAAAACCAGUGUUAAGAACCGGGGAGCCAUGGUGGUAGUUGGUAACAUCUUUGUGGAUUCCUUCUUUGUGAAGGCUGGUAUGGAAACCAGUUUUGAAACAGAGGCAACACUAAACUUCAUCUCCACAGUGCAGUUUUCAGAAUAUCCAUUUUUAGUUUGCAUGCAGAUGGACAAAAUUGAAUCUCCAUUCAGGCAAUAUGUGACUAAAUACGAAAGCCUGCCAUCUGGCAAACGGUACACUUCUCGGAAAGGAAAAGUCAAACUGCUGGCAGGUUCUGAAUACCCGCUCCAUCAAGAGAACUCCAACAUGUGCAGGAAGGUUUUCAGCACUCAGUCUGACUCCUCCGACAGCUGGUUUUGA